AUGUCGGAUCGCGAGUUUGGCGCAAAUGACGACCUAUCGCUUCCAAAAGCAACCGUCCAAAAAAUAAUCACCGAGAUCCUGCCCCCCUCCACCGGCCAAACCUUCGCCAAAGAUGCGCGCGACCUAUUAAUGGAAUGCUGCGUCGAGUUCAUCACGCUCAUCUCCUCCGAGGCCAACGAUAUCAGCGAAAAGGAAGCGAAAAAGACGAUUGCGUGCGAACACGUCGAAAAGGCGUUGCGGGAUCUCGGGUUUGGAGAUUAUGUUGGUGAGGUACUUGCUGUUGCGGAGGAGCACAAGGAAGCUUUGAAGACGCGGGAAAAGAAAGCGAGUAAAAUGGAACAGAGCGGUUUGACGGCCGAGGAAUUGCUACGACAACAACAGGAACUAUUUGCGUCAGCCGGGCAGAAGUUCAACGCAGGCUCUGAGUGA